GAUUUCAUGGGGUGACUUAUCAUCUACCUGAGUCUACGUAGUUCACCAUCCAAGUCAACUCUCGCCAUUCAAGGCCAUCUUUGUGAUCAGGGCUGAUUGAGAGGAGGUGAGAGCUACUUCGACCUCAUCACCUGACUUAGCCGUGCACUUAUGAACAGCUAGGGACGUUAAAAUCCACUCCGUCUGAGUUCUUGUCAUACUUGAAGGUCUAUGGACUCGAUUUAAACAAGAACACUUGAGAUGCGAAAGUGAAAAGUGAUUGCUAUGAUGCCUAAGAUCGCCUGUAUCGGUGUAAUCGGUAAAGCCGACAACCCAAUACAUAUAGCAUUGUUCCCUCCAUAUCGCAACUCGGCUAUCGAGUUCUCCUUCCUAGUAAACUCCUGCUUGGAUAUCGUUGAGAUAAAGCGCAGACAAACGUCCAUUGACCAGGAUCUCGGCCUUUUGCACGCCGUGGACGAAAGCUUGGCGGCGUACGGAUGGCUCACCACGACAGGAGUGAAGCUGCUAGUUAUAGUUGAUCUAGUCGGCGAAAUAAUUAGUCCAGAGGGGCUUGGGGCAUCAUCUAGGACUAUUGUCAAGGUGCCUGACCUUAGGCCGGUCUUCCGUUCUCUGCAGGACGCUUAUGUUCAACUAUUGCAGAAUCCAUUCUAUACCCCGACUGGGCACUCUGAUACCGUCAAGCCUUCUGCUCAGGUGUCUAGCUUUCCGCAUGUCGCAGACAAAAGAUUUGCCAGGGAGAUUUUACGAAUUGGUGAGUCAUGGGCACCACUUAUGUCUCCACACUAGGAAGGUCCCGCUAGAUCAUGGCAAUUGUGAUCGUCAUCUCGGAGUGAGUAGCAUAGUUCAACAAAUAUUUGAUCUCGGAUAGUGCCGCUGAGUCGUGGUGAGAGCAAAGGCGGACUUGAAACCAAAGUUCCCUAGCACCUGCAUGCUACUAGAAUGUCCAUUUGAGAUAUUCUCAUCGUAGAAGACCGAAGGCCUCGUUCUAACCACGCCCAGAUCUAGCCUAUUAUCAAUUUAUUGCUCUCUAUCGGAGGGAAAGGGAGAUUGGCUGUACAUGGCUCAAGGUUAAGAUCCAAAGCAAUAUAUC